GUGUUCUUGAAUUGUCUUACAAGUCGAUUCAUCAUGCGUAUUGAACUCCUGCUCGUUGUCACUUUUCUCACAACAUGCGCGACAGCGCAAAUACCGGCGACUGCGACGCUGCUGCUGCCGCCACCAUACACUUCGUUAGAGACAUCGACGAUACCACGGCUGCCAUCGACGCUGCCGCCGCAGUUUCCACUGCCGGAGCCGUACACGACUUCCUCUACAAGUUCAGUACGCAUACAGACACUGACAACACCGAACACAACUCCUACAACUCGCUCGGGUUCCCUAUCCAGCAGUACAUCAUCAAUUGCUAGGGCCACAUAUUCACCCUCAUGGACAUCACAACCAGAUGGCUCUGGAGGGUCAAGUGGUUUUUCAUCAAGUGCUAAAAUUGGUCUGGCUGCAGGUAUUCCCUGUGGCAUCAUUCUCAUUGCCGCUGUUGGUCUCGGUGCAUAUUUCUUUGGCAAGCAUAGGGCGAGAGCGCAACCCCUCCCUACGUAUGCGACCGGAACGGAGGAUUUUGGCCCUGUAUAUGAGAGAACGGCGAACGACGGCACGGAAGUGAGAAGGCAUACGCUAGACGCUGGCAAGCCGCCUGGAGUUGCCUGA